UCAGAUGCUAUACUACCUAGAACCCUGAAAAUGCAAGCUAUAUUGUCUCCCCUUUUAUAAGGCGAAUACUGAAAAUGCUCUUGAUUUUGAUCACAAAUGUGAAGAUGCUGCUUUGGUGGAGAAUGUCAUGAGAAGUUUUCAAAGUUCAGGCCUGGUUCAUGCUGCUGGAAUUGCCACUUCUUUAAUAAAUUCGGGACAGCAAUGGGACUUUCCAAAUGGUUGGGCUCCACUUCAACACAUGAUAGUUGAAGGUUUGCUGAGAUCUGGAUUAAAAGAAGCAAGGUCAUUGGCAGAAGACAUAGCUGUGAGGUGGAUCAAAACCAACUACAUUGGAUACAAGAAAACGGGCGCAAUGCAUGAAAAAUAUGAUGUGCGAAAGUGUGGAGCAUUCGGAGGUGGUGGAGAAUACAUACCCCAGACUGGUUUUGGUUGGUCAAAUGGAGUUGUGUUGACAUUUUUGGAGGAGUUUGGAUGGCCUGAAGACCGGAGCAUAGGUUGCUGAUUGGUUAGGAAACUGAAGAAGCAACAGGAAUGAAUUCAUCAGUCUCAUUUCCUAUUUAAGCCUAUUCAUGUUAGAUAGUGCUGCACACUUCUAAGGGCUUCUUAAUUCCAUAUCCAACUUCCUGUAUAAAGGUAUAGAACGCUACCCUUUCUAUUAUUAGCCUGUAAAGGGAAUCAAGGCUUAUAAACUCCAAUUCCGCUCGAUCCCGUAUGGGAAUUGUAUUUUCAUUUCUGGGUGGAGGAGAAGCAUCCAAAGCCUUUGCUUUGUUUUGGGGGCACCAAGUAGGGACUUCAAAAUAUCUGCAACUAGCAAAUCUUGGUAUUCAUGAGCAGUAGCUUUGUUGGAUUAUUCAAUUCCAGGAAAUAGUAAUUCGGAUGGGCACCGAAAUGCUCACAGUACUGCUGUACAUCGUUUUUUUUUUAAUGAUCAGCUACCUUCGUAGACCAUGUCCUGAGUUUAUUAGCCCUGUAGGCUACUCGAUGCAGAGCUUCAACUCUGAAUUCAUUAUGGGCAGAUCUUGCAUAAUUAUCAUUGCCAUGAUCACCAUGGCAAGACUUGGAUGAUAUGUUCAUUUUGUAGUCCUUAAUUUUAAAAUGAAUUUUCCCCUUCCACAUGCCAUAUACUGGAAUUGCUCAGUUUCAUCUAUUCAUAAAUUUAUUAGCUUCAAU